CACCGAUACACAAGCGAGCGCGGUCUGGGAACGCUCACAGCUGACAGGAAUGCGUCGUAGCGGUAUCGUAUUCUCUUAUUCUCUCGCGCCUUGCUGGCAGAGGACAAAGCGGACUGUGUCGAUACAUCACGUCUCGAUAUCGUGCGGUAGCAGCUCGUCAAACGUGCCAGUGCGGAAUUACACUGCUUUCAGCGUAGGCACGUAAUCUCUACUAUCUCGAAUUGACCACGGGAAUAGGAACCUUCGAUCAGGGUCAUGCACUUGACAACGGCUAACGAAGAUCCGCCUCCGCGAGACCCCUGGCUACGAAGUCGGUACUUUUCCUGAAGGAUAGACAGAGUGACGGCGAUCUAUCGCUGCGGCAAAUGUUUCACCUGGGCCGUUUUCCGGAACACCUGGACACCGCUCAGAGAAGACACAGCAACAACCUUCACUGUAGCACAGGCAGGAGAUGCGGAGGAAACUACCGUCACUGACGACCUUGGGGGAGGAGCAUGUCUCGGGUGCUUCUUCGACACCACUUCUGAUUACCUUCGUCGUACUGGUCACGUGGCCAAACUGGGGUGCCUCUACCGUCUGUUACGCCAACGCGCUCAGCAAGGACGUCGGAGAGCCCUCGAAGGUCCAUCCAGGUGAUUCGAGUUUCCUGCUUCGAAAACCGAACGUUACAAGCGUCAGUAAAGCCGGCGAAAGCGGUCUUUUCCCGCCGAGAUGUCCGUUAACCGACUCGUGCAAGAACCGUUGCGGAGAGCCCUCGUACGACGAGGAGGAGUACACGUGCCACUGUGACCCUUCCUGCGUAAAAUACGGCGAUUGCUGCGUCGACGUGCAAAGACACUGUUCGCUGGAUCCGUUAGCCGUCGAGCAGUCCUCGCUUCGCCCCCCGUGCGUUUACGAAACCGAUUUUCCGCUAGACCUGUCCUUCUUCUUCUUGUCUACGUGUCCCGAUGGUGUAGAACUCAACAGCGACGAUGAGGAAGACGACGUCAAGGUUCUGGGCGAUGAUGGCAUCGUCUACGCGAACGACGCGCGCGCUCGGUGCAACGGUGCGACCAACGCCGUGCCACUUGGUCUGCUGGACGAUACGGAAGCGGAAAGUGGGAACCAUUCGACACGCUACUUUGUCAGGACUUGCGUGCAGGCCGUUAGCACGUGCAAGUUAGGAGAACGGUAUUCGACGGGCAGGAACCUGGAAGACCUGUGCGCGGCGUUUCAGGGCCCCGUGAGAUCGUUCCAGAAGCCCAACCGAAAGCGCAAGCUCUACAAGAACGCUUACUGUGCCCUCUGCAAUGGCGAUGUACCAGAUCUUCGCUGUCCCGGCGGCGUGGCGACCUACAGCCAAAAGGAAAUGGCGAGCUCGCUGUUCCAGGAGACUAAAGAGAAGAGCUACGAGGCCACGGAUGACAUUCCUUCGGCUUUUUCCAUUGUCCUUAACUUCGGUUUAGACGGAGUGGAAAAGUACAAGUUCUCAUCUGAAAGUAAAGAAACGAUGAUGCGCAAUCAACAGAAAUGUAAGGAAGGGUUCAUCUGGGAUCCUUUCGCCGAACUUUGCCGUCAGCUUUACUGCGGCACUCAGUUCACCUUGGUAAACUCGAAGUGCAUACAGAAACCGCAGGGCACUACAGAAAAUAAUGUAACGAACGCGCCCCUCUUCAAAAAUAGAAGCGCUGACUACAGUCGCAUUACAGUCGUGAUGAACAUCAGCCUGGACCGCUCAACCGAAGUACGCAUGGAGGACUUGAAGCAGUCCCUCACCAGCAGUUUCGUCGAACACUACAACAUAUCGAAUGAGAGAAUAAAGAACAUGGCUGUCGCCAUACUUUGGGACCCCGAAAAGGUGCACCAGUACCUAGAAGACUCGGACAACGUGUUAGUAGUGGAAGAGGGAGACUACGUGCACGAAGACGGCCACGUACCAGACCCUGCCAACAGUACCGGUUCCCCGGCAACGUUGAUCACUCACUUCGACCUUUACGAACCCACGAAAGACGACUUUGAGCCAUCGAUAAGCUCCAUCAUCGAUUCGCUGGCGGGAAGCUUCAGCCUUAACUCGAUUCUACUCAAGGAACUGAACACGACGGCGGCGGUGAGCAGCGUGCGAUCCAAGCCGCUUGUCCUCGAUGACUGGUGCGGCGAAAAGGAUGGAGGCAUAUGGCGCGAGUACUGGAACGACGAAUUCGUGUUCCUGCCCAGAACCGAGAAUGGCACCGGCAUCGGCAAGGUGUACGUGAACAAGACCGGUCGAACCUUCAAGGCGGGCGACUUUGUGGCCAACGUGCUCAUACGAGUCACCGGCGACCAGAAGUCGCCAGUGACUACGAACAGCAUCGUCAUCGUGUGCGACCGCGGAACGGGACUUCCCAAGUCAUGCCCCUGCGUCGAUUUCAACACGACACAGGUGAAGAUAUUCGAGAACGACACGCUCAUGCUUUACGCGGGACCUGGCCCUCUUUCCGUCACGUGCCGUCAUUACCAGCUCAUGCCUGAAGGAAAGGUAUGCCUAUGCUUGGACGAACUGCGACAGGGACUCAGAAUUCGCGGCCAACUGUUCGAUGGACCAAUCAUGGCCCUCGUCAGUCUCGUGCUGAGUGCCAUCUCGUUACUGUGUCUCGUGCUCGUGCUAACCACUUACUCGCUGUUCUCAGAGCUUCGCAAUCUUCCUGGAUGGAACAUCAUCUUCCUGACCGGUUCGCUAUUCGUCAUGCAGCUGACGUUCCUGCUGAGUCAGCGCCAGUCCGUACAGGGCGCUGCCUGCAGAGCUGCGGCAAUUGUGUGCCACUACACGGUCAUCAACUCCUUCUUCUGGAUGAACGUGCUCGCUUACGACCUGUACAAGACGUUCAGGACGAGUGGCAGCUCCAUGGGUGGCACGCGCAGGGUUUCCCGCCACCUGCCGUUUUACAUGUUGUACGCCUUCGGCACGCCGCUUGCUAUCGUGGGCGCAUGCUUGGCACUGGACUACUUCGACACCUUCCUCUCCCCGUCGUAUGGGUUGUUCGGCGUCUGUUGGAUCGUCAACAAACUGUCCGCGCUUGCCUUUUUCGCCGUACCCGUUGCCGUACUCCUGUUGUUGAACUUUGUCUUCUAUGUCAUGACCGUCUACUCUGUGCAUAGUGUAGCCAGGCAGAAGCCGGGCACUGUCCUGCGCCGCCAUAGCGACAAGGGUCCGGCGACGGCUGCCACGUACGUGCGCAUGGCAACCGGCAUGGGUUUGACGUGGGUGUUCGGCUUCGUCGCGGCUUUUGUGCGCAGCUCUGAAGCUGCGAGAACAGCCUUCACCUACCUGUUCAUUGUUUGCAACACGCUGCAGGGCCUGUUCCUGUUCUACGCCUUCGUGUGCAACCGCAAGACGUACCACCUGUUCCGGUCGCUAUUCUGCAACGUGCGCCGAGGAGCCAGGGCCAAGCUCAGCACUUCCAGCUCCGUCAGCUCCGUCUCCACGGUCACCAGCCAGGCCAGCUUGUCUUCCACGCGCUCUACGCAGUCGACGCGGACUGCGAUCCGGUAGCUGCAUUGCACAAUGCCGACAACCAUGUGCGCACAUUUGGAGUUCCCGCCAAGAGUACCACACUAUUCCGCCGUCAACAUGAAAGGUAGACGCGUGCGACCGAGUGCAGGACGCGCGUAGUACGACUGCGCGAAUAUAACUCAACAAAACUGCGAGUUGGGCAAGUUGGGAUAAAUUGUUCAUUAUGGUACUGAGUGUACUGAGCGCAAUCACGAGACACAGGACGAGAGAACAACGAUACAGCACUGCGUCAUUGUUCUUUCGUGUUUGCGCUCAGUACCACAAUGAAGGACUGCAGACCAUAUUGAUGCCAUAGUAUACGAGCUCAGGCUUCAUAGAGUUUGCUAGCUGCGGUGCUUCGUGGUGCGCAUAUGGCGUAUACACCGCAUGACAUGCACCUGCGAACGCAAAGGUGGUGCCUCGUAGUGAGAUACGUGGAAUGUAUUGGCUUGCUCCCACGCUUGCACCGCCAAGGGAUUUUGGGCGCUUGUGGUAGCUAGCUAGUCAAUGUUAAUGUGGUGACGGGAAGAAG